AUGGCGACCUUUACUCGCCCAAUCGCCUCCAGCAUUGCUGGAGUCGACUUUAACGUGUACUCUGAUCAAGAUAUCAAAAAGCUGUCGGUGAAAAGAAUUCACAAUACUCCGACUUUGGAUUCUUUCAAUAAUCCUGUUCCUGGCGGUCUCUAUGACCCUGCUAUGGGCGCAUGGGGAGACCAUGUGUGUACUACCUGCCGCUUAAACUCUUGGUCUUGCACGGGUCACGCCGGCCACAUUGAGCUCCCCGUUCCGGUCUACAAUGUUACUUUCUUCGAUCACAUCUACCGUCUUCUCCGGGCGCAAUGCGUGUACUGCCACCGACUGCAAAUGUCCCGCACACAAGUCAAUCUGUAUACCUGUAAGCUUCGCCUUUUGCAAUACGGCCUCAUCGAUGAAGUCGCCAUCGUUGAUGCCAUGGGGGCUGGCAAGGGCUCCAAGUCAAAGUCCGCAAAGCGUCAAGACGAUCAAUCCGAUGAUGAAGAGGAUGACGAGGAGUCCAUCAUGGAAAAGCGAACCGCCUUCGUCAACAAGAGCAUUCGCGAUGUUAAAAAAGAUGGUCGACUGGAAGGUCUGAUGGCUGGCGCAAAGAACCCUAUCGCCGCUGAAACCAGAAGAGAUCUCGUCAAGACAUUCCUCAAGGACAUUAACAGCAACCGGAAAUGCAACAAUUGCAGCGGAAUUUCCCCCAGCUAUCGAAAGGAUCGUUACAACAAGAUUUUCCGGAAGGCCCUUCCCGAGAAGGCUAAGCUCGCAAUGCUGCAUGGUGGAUUUCAGGCUCCCAACACUCUUGUUCUUCUCGACCAGGAGAAGAAAUCCGAGCCUAAGGAAAACGGUGUUCGAGCAAACAGCGUUGUGUCUGAAGUUCACGGUGCCGAGGAGGAAAUCCGCCGCGGUGCCGCUGUUACAACCCAGUCAAGCUCGCAGGGAAUGACUACUCAGGAGUUUGUACCAUCCUCAGAAGUCUACAGCGCCAUGCGCCUUCUUUUCCAGAAGGACAGCGAGAUUUUGCAACUCGUGUAUAACUCCCGACCUGUACCAAAGGGUGUGAAGGUCGUCUCUGCAGACAUGUUCUUCAUCAAGAGCCUCUUGGUACCGCCCAACAAGUACCGCCCCGCUGCUGCGCAAGGCCCCGGAGAGAUUAUGGAGGCGUCACAGAACACCCCCUUCAACAAUAUUCUGAAGCAGUGUGACCUUAUCAACCAGAUCAGCAAGGAAAUCCAAAACGAGGAAGAGAAGGCUUUGUCUCGCGCACGCAACUACAGUGACCUGCUCCAGGCGAUUGUUGCGCUCCAGGAUUUCGUCAACGGUCUGAUUGAUCGGGAGCGAACUUCUGUGACUGGCUCUGCUAUUGCGCAGUUACCCAAUGGUAUUAAGCAGAUGCUGGAGAAAAAGGAGGGUCUCUUCCGAAAGAACAUGAUGGGUAAGCGAGUAAACUUCGCUGCCCGUAGUGUCAUUUCUCCAGACCCCAAUCUCGAAACCAACGAGAUUGGUGUGCCUCUCGUAUUUGCCAAAAAAUUGACAUUCCCGGAGCCUGUGACGAAUCACAACUUCUGGGAAUUGAAGGAGGCCGUCAUCAACGGACCGGACAAGUAUCCGGGCGCUUCUGCGAUUGAGAAUGAGAAUGGACAAGUCGUCAACUUGAAGUUCAAGUCUCUGGAUGAGCGCACUGCCCUUGCUAAUCAAUUGCUCGCGCCAUCAAGUUGGCGCAUGAAGGGAACGCGAAACAAAAAGGUUUACCGCCACCUAACUACUGGGGACUACGUCUUGAUGAAUCGUCAACCCACCCUUCACAAGCCAUCUAUCAUGGGACACAAGGCUCGUGUUCUUCCAAACGAGAGAACCAUCCGAAUGCACUACGCCAAUUGUAAUACCUACAACGCCGAUUUCGACGGCGAUGAAAUGAAUAUGCACUUCCCCCAAAAUGAGCUCGCCCAGGCGGAGGCUAGAAUGCUCGCUGAUGCCGACCAUCAAUACCUGGUUGCCACAUCGGGUAAGCCUCUGAGAGGUCUGAUUCAAGAUCAUAUUUCCAUGGGUACCUGGUUUACUUGCCGUGAUAGCUUUUUCGAUGAGGAAGAUUACCACCAGCUUCUGUACAGCUGUUUGAGACCGGAGAACUCGCAUAUUGUCAGUGACCGCAUUCAAUUGGUGGCUCCUGCCUUCGUCAAGCCUAAAUACCUCUGGACUGGUAAACAGGUGAUCACCACUAUUCUCAAGAACAUUAAGCCUCCACAGAGUGCCGGUAUCACCCUCCAAGGCAAGUCUUCGACCCCCGGUGAUCGAUGGGGCAAAGGCAACGAAGAGGACAAUGUCAUCUUCGAUGAUGGCGAGUAUCUGUGCGGUAUUCUUGAUAAGAAGCAGCUCGGUCCAACCGCAGGUGGUCUUAUCGAUGCCGUUCACGAGAUUUACGGUCACACUAUUGCUGGAAAGCUGAUGAGCAUCUUGGGUCGACUUCUGACCCGGUUCCUGAACAUGCGGGCUUUUACUUGCGGUAUUGAUGAUCUUCGGUUAACUAAGGAGGGUGAUCGUAUCCGUAAGGAGAAGCUGGCUACUGCCCCUGCCAUGGGUCGUGAAGUUGCUCUGAAGUACGUCACGCUAGAUCAAACCACCGUGCCUGACCAGGACGCCGAGUUGAAACGCCGAUUGGAGGACGUCCUUCGUGAUGAUGAUAAGCAGAGUGGGCUAGAUAGUGUCUCCAAUGCCCGGUCUGCGAAGCUGUCCUCGGAAAUCACCUCAUCUUGUCUUCCUGCGGGACUUGCUAAACCCUUCCCGUGGAAUCAAAUGCAGUCUAUGACUAUUUCCGGAGCCAAGGGUUCGGGUGUCAAUGCCAAUCUGAUCUCCUGCAACCUUGGCCAGCAGGUUUUGGAAGGUCGCCGUGUACCGGUGAUGAUCAGUGGUAAAACUUUACCCUCUUUCCGUGCCUAUGACACCCACCCCAUGGCUGGCGGUUACGUCUGUGGUCGUUUCUUGACCGGAAUCAAGCCCCAAGAAUACUAUUUCCACGCCAUGGCCGGUCGUGAAGGUCUGAUCGAUACCGCCGUCAAGACUUCUCGCUCCGGUUACUUGCAGCGCUGCUUGAUUAAGGGUAUGGAGGGUCUCAGAGCCGAGUAUGACUCCUCUGUCCGUGAAGCCUCCGAUGGAUCCAUUGUCCAAUUUUUGUACGGAGAGGACGGUCUCGAUAUUACCAAGCAGGUUCAUCUCAAGGACUUCAAAUUCCUUGCUGAGAACUACCUUUCGGUUUCCCAGCAGGUGCAGUCAAAUCUCUUCCACACCUUGGCGAAGGAGGAGGUGAUGGAGUGGCACAAGUCCGCCAUGAAGAGUGUCCGUAAGACCGGAAAGCUUGAUGCUAUGGACCCUGUCUUGUCUCGCUUCCACCCUGGUGGCCACUUGGGCAGUACCUCUGAAGCAUUUGCCCACGAAUUGAAGAAGUACGAGGAUGCCAACCCCGACAAACUCUUCAAGGAUAAGAAGAAGAACAUCGAGGGUAAACUUACCAAGAAGACCUUUGAUGCAUUGAUGAACAUGAAGUAUCUCAAGUCUAUCAUUGACCCCGGCGAGGCAGUGGGUAUCAUGGCUGGACAGUCUGUUGGAGAGCCCUCAACACAGAUGACUCUGAAUACCUUCCACUUGGCUGGUCACUCAGCAAAGAACGUGACUCUAGGUAUUCCUCGUCUUCGUGAAAUUGUCAUGACUGCAAGUGCCACCAUCAUGACGCCCACCAUGACCCUCCUCUUGAAUGAAGAAAUCUCCAAAGAGGAUUCUGAUAAGUUCGCCAAGGCUAUCAGCAAGCUCAGCAUUGCCGAGGUUGUUGAUAAGAUCCAAAUCAGAGAGCGUAUUGGUUCGGGCCUCGGUCAUGCAAAGGCUAAGAUCUACGAUAUUGAAAUUACCUUCUUCCCUGCCGAUGAGUAUACCAAGGAGUAUGCCAUUCAAAUCAAGGAUGUGCAGAAUGCUCUUCAAAACAAGUUCAUUCCUCGCCUCGUGAAACUCACCAAGGCCGAGCUUAAGAAGCGCAAUGAGGAGAAGACCGGCAAGAAGGCCUCAACUGCCCAGCCCGAAAUUGGUGUUUCGGUCGGCAGAAUCGCGGAGGGCCCGAGCGGUCCUGACCGUGCGGCCGAGCCGGCUGACGAUGAUAACGAAGAUGACGAGGACGAUGCUAAGCGAUCCCGUGGAAACCAGAACCGGAGCAACCAGGUUUCCUACGAAGGACCCGAUGAUGAUGAGCAGGCUAUCAUUCAGGGACAAGAUGUCGAUUCGGACGAUGAGGAGGACGAGAGCAACGAGUCUGGCAAGGUUACUCGUGACGUGACUAUGAGCUCCGAUUCCGAGGAUGACUCAGAUGAUGAGGAAGUUCAGGAGCACAAACUGCGCGAGGACGAUGUUAAGAGCAAAUUUGCCGAGAUCACAAAGUUCAAGUUCGACUCGAAGAAAGGUGGCUCCUGUACCAUCCAGCUGCAGUACGACAUCGAGACACCUAAGCUGCUACUUCUUCCUCUCGUCGAGAACGCUGCUCACACGGCUGUCAUUCAAUCCCUUCCGGGCAUUGGCAGCUGUGUUUUCGUUGAGGGAGACGAGCUGAAGGGCGAGCCCCCGAGCGUCAUGACUGACGGUGUCAAUUUGCUCGCUAUGCGCGACUACCAGGACAUCAUCAAGCCCCACUCUCUCUACACCAACUCAAUCCACGACAUGCUUAAUCUUUAUGGUGUGGAAGCCGCGCGUGCCACCAUCAUUCGCGAAAUGGACGCCGUUUUCAAGGGUCACAGUAUCUCCGUCGACAACCGUCACUUGAACCUGAUUGGUGACGUGAUGACCCAGUCUGGUGGCUUCAAGGCUUUCAGCCGUAACGGCCUGGUCAAGGACUCGACCUCGCCAUUUGCUCGCAUGUCUUUUGAGACCACCGUCGGUGCUCUGAAAGAUUCCGUGCUUGAGCGUGAUUUCGAGAACCUGAAGGGUCCAAGUAGCAGAAUUGUGGUUGGUCGCUCUGGUACCGUUGGAACCGGCGCUUUCGAUGUUCUUGCUCCUGUAGCAUAA